AAAUUUUCGGUGCGCGCUCAAGAGAGGUACCAACAUCGGUAAAAAAUGAGGAAAACGUUUAUCCUCACUUUCCUUUAUAUCGGACUGGCGGCAACAUCAGAUUUAUCGGGAUACGAGCCUAGAGGUUGGCGUCCUAAUGGCCAGCGCUUUAAUCCCAAUAACAAUCAAUUGCAUGCGUAUUAUGGUGCCCCGAGAUUACAAAGCUACGAACCUUCAGACCAUACCACCGCUAGCUAUCGCGAUCCGUUUUUCACCACUACCACAUCAACGACGACGCCGCGACCACCGACCACGACAACUACCCCAAAAACCACGACGACGCCUCGCAGCAGAGAGCCAACGACGCCGUUGAACGAACAACCCGAAGAAGAUUUUAAUACGAAUCCUCUGGCGAUCGCAAAUUCUUUCGCGUUUAAUCGGCCUGUGUACAUAUAUAACGCUUUUCCAUUCUUACCGGUUCAAAUCAUCACGCAAUGAUACGAAAUGAAUAAAUAAUAAAUAUGUGCAUCUCUCAUAAAUUUCUCAUUGAGAAAAACUUUUUGUAAUUUUGCAGAUCUGACGUAUCAAAUUUAUUUAGCAU